AUGUCAUCAACAGUUCGAGUAGGAAUUAUUGGUGGAUCAGGUUUUGAUAGAAGUGAUAUUUUAUCAAAUCGUGUCGAACAUGAAAUUGUUGAUACACCAUAUGGACGACCAUCAGAUAAUUUAGUUAGUGGAACGAUAAAUGGUGUUCAAUGUGUAUUAUGCUUUCGACAUGGACGUCAACAUUCAUUUAAUCCUACAAAACUUAAUUAUCGAGCUAAUCUUUGGGCAUUGAAACAACUUGGUGUUAAUUUAAUUUUGGCUACUACAGCAGUUGGUUCACUUGCUGAAAAUUUUCCACGUGGUACACUUGUUGUUUUUGAUAAUUUCAUUGAUAUGACAAAGCAUCGACCGAAUACAUUUUAUGAUCAUGAACCCGGUCAUCUUCAAGGUGUAAUGCAUAUGAGUAUGCAUCCACCAUAUGAUCGUGAAUUACGUGCAUUAUUAAUUCAAUCAUGUGCUGAAACACCUGAUAUUGCAUAUAAAGAUAAAUCAACUGUUGUUGUUAUUGAAGGACCAAAUUUUUCUACUUAUGCUGAAAAUAAAGUUUUUGUUAGUUGGGGUUGUACAACAAUUGGAAUGACACAAACACCAGAAACAAUUCUUGCCAAAGAAUUAGGUUUACCAUAUGCAGCACUUGGAAUUGUAACUGAUGAUAUCUGUUGGAAAGAAGAUGGUAUUGUCGAGCCCAAUGAAGUUAUAACAAUAUUUAAAGCAACAUUUCCCAAAGCAAUGGAAGUACUUAAACGUACUAUAAAAAAAAUUGGUGAAAAAGAUUGGAAGGAAAUCUUAGAAACAAUUCAAACUCGAACAGAAGAAGCAAUCAUGAAACAUUGA